AUGGAGAGCGAAUUCAAGGAGGCGCCGCUGGGCGGCACUCUCCAUGCCUGGACGGUAUCGGCGCCCUACAUCGUGGCGCUGGUCGACAUGGAUGCCGGCGUGCGCGUGAACGCGCAGUUGCACGGCGUUCCGGAGUCGGCGUUGAAGAUCGGGCUGCGCGUGAAGCUCGGCUUCGAGCCGGUCAACAAAGAGGUGACGCUGCCCGUCUUCGUCGCCGAAUAG